AUGUCGACGUAUAGAGUGCUUACUCAAACCUUGGCUAAUGAUGAAUCUAGCAAAUGGAAAAUGGUUUGGGGACUCAACAGCCCCCAAAGGCCUAGAACUUUCUUAUGGCUCACACUCCAUGGAAGGUUGCUAACGAAUGAAGAAAGGUUUCGAAGGCAUAUAGCGGACUCCACCAAGGGCACUAUUUGUUACUCUGAGAAUGGAUCAUCUCUGAUACCAAGGGCCAAUGCAAUUACUCGAUUCCGACCUUACAUUGGGGAGUUCUUUUUGCGACAGUCUGUUGGAAGUUAUAGAAGCGAAGACUGGGUAAAGGCUAACACAGAUGGGGCCAUGGGAGGUCCGAAUCUAAUGGCUGCAGCUGGGGGCGUUAUUCGAGAUUCACAAGGGGACUGGAUUAUCAGUUUUGCAAGAAGCUUAGGUAUAUGCUCGACGAAACAUGCCGAAACAUAG